AUGUCGAACACGCCAUGGAUCUGUCAUCGUUGCCUGUUGCGCGCUUUCCGGCCGUUCAGCAGGCGGUAUGUGAGGUAUCAAAGCACAGCUGCAGCAGCUAGCGAAGGUGUCUCUCCAGCACUCCUCACACGCGCACGAUCCGUUGCCGCAGAGCAUGGCACCCUGUCGAAACAGCUCGCCGAAGGGUUUGACACGCGUACGGCGAAGAAAGUGGGCGAGCUGAGCCCAGUUGCGAGUGCGCUAAAAGAGUGGGAGUACGCCAACGAGUCUCUCGCAGAGCUGAGAAACCUCAUCGCCGACUCCUCUACCGACGCUGAGCUCCGCUCUCUAGCCUCCGAAGACCUGCCGUCCACACUCUCACAGCUCUCCCAAGCAUCCCACUCCCUCACAACGAGCCUCGUACCGAAGCAUCCCUUCGCAAAUCUACCAUGCCUGAUUGAGAUUCGACCAGGCGCGGGGGGCUCAGAAGCCGCCCUCUUCGCAGGCGACCUCCUCCGGAUGUACCAGUCCUACUGCGCACGCAACGGCCUACGGUGCACACUACUGAAAUACGAAGACGCAUCAGGCAUGAGCGAUCCCAACGGCUCCGACGCCCCGCUACAAGAAGCCAUCCUAGAAGUUCAGAGCGAAGGCGCCUACGGAAUCUUCCGGUCUGAAGCAGGCGUGCACCGUGUCCAGCGUGUCCCGGUUACUGAAAGCAAAGGCCGGACACACACCUCUGCCGCUUCGGUGCUCGUGUUGCCGAAUCUUCCGGCCGAGAGCGAGGAGGCGGAGAGCGAUUUCAGCAACCCGGAAAGCGAUUACUACAUUGAUCCGAAGGAUGUCAGGAUGGAUAUCAUGAAGGCUAGGGGAGCAGGAGGCCAGCAUGUAAAUACAACCGAGUCUGCCGUGCGGUUGACGCAUAUACCGACGAAUACAGUGGUUGCGAUCCAGGAUUCACGGAGCCAGCCGAAGAAUCGAGAGAAGGCUUGGGGCCUGUUGCGGUCGCGGAUUGCGCAGUCCAGGCGCGAGGCGAGAGAAGAAGAGACGCUCAAGCUCAGAAGGAGUGUGGUGGGUGUGGCGAAGAUGGGGAGAGGAGACAAGAUCAGGACAUAUAAUUGGGGGCAGCAGCGAGUCACAGACCAUAGGAGUGGGUUGAAUGUGCAUGACUUGAAUGGCGUGAUUGAGGGCGGUGAUGCAUUGGAGAAGGUCAUGCAGAGUGUGAGGAGCUGGCUUGAUGAGAGGGAGAUCGAAGCUAUGACUGCGGAGGAAAGUAGCUCGAACCAAUAG